AUGAAGCUCCUCAACGUCACUCUGGCCUCUCUAGGCCUUGCAUCCGCGGCUUCGGUUACAAAAAAGGUCAGCUACGACGACUGGAAAGUAUAUCGCGUCAACGUUGGCUCCAACGCUGCCAAACUCGACAAUGUAAUGAGUAAGCUUCAAUUGGAGCUAUGGAAGGGAAAGCCAGCGUCCAGUGACGUCGUCGACGUCAUGGUGCCUCCUACAGCCGUGAAGGACUUCGAAGCAUCUACCGAAGACAUCGAAACCAAGGUCAUGCAUGACAACCUUGGUCUCUCUAUCGCAGACGAGGAAACCUUUAGCGUAUAUGCUGCCGGCGCUGCUCCAAGUGCUACAUGGUUCAACUCGUACCAUUCCAUUGCUGACCACAUGCAAUGGAUCACGGAUCUCGCAGCUGCAUACCCAAACAACGCUGAAGUAAUCUCUGCUGGCAAGUCGGUUGAGGGCCGAGACAUCAAAGGUAUCCACAUCUGGGGUAGCGGUGGUAAAGGGUCGAAGCGAGGCGUAGUCUGGCAUGGUACAGUGCACGCACGAGAGUGGAUCACGACCAUGGUCGUCGAAUACGCUGCGUACCAGCUUCUCACAUCCACCGACUCCACCACAGCCGGAUUCAAAAACUCAUAUGACUUCUACAUCUUCCCCAUUGUGAACCCAGAUGGCUUCGCGUACACCCAAUCGUCUGACCGCAUGUGGCGCAAGAACCGCCAGAAGACUUCCGGAGCGUCUUGCGUCGGCCGUGACAUCAACCGCAACUGGCCAUCUCACUGGGACCAGCGUGGCGGCGCAUCAACCGACCCCUGUGCACAGGACUACAAAGGCCCUUCUGCCGGCGACGGCGUAGAGACUAAACUGCUCAAGGCCCAGCUCGACAGCGUAGCUGCCGGCAAGGGAAUCUCGCUGUACAUGGACAUUCACUCUUACAGCCAGCUCUGGAUGUACCCUUACGGCUACACCUGCUCUGGUACCCUCCCCAACUCUGCAAAAUACGCCUCCCUUACCAGCGGCGCCAUCGCCGCCGUCAAAGCAGUACACGGAACAACAUUUACUGGUGGUCCCAUCUGCCAGACUAUCUACCAGGUCAGCGGCGACAGUGUGGACUAUGCCUUUGAGGUUGCCAAGGCAAACUACUCGAUGACGGUUGAGUUGAGGGAUACUGGUAACUACGGAUUUGUCUUGCCAGCUGCGCAGAUUCUGCCUAGUGGCGAGGAGAUGUGGGCUGGAUUGAGGUAUCUGUUGGCCAAUUUGUAG